ACUCCACGGCCUCAUGAUCUCUGAGCAUUUUCUAUGACAGAAAAGUGUCGAAUAAUCUGCAAAUAAUUCAGCGUCAACGAGGCCAUUCAAGUGACGUUCCAAGCCCGGUACUAUGUCAGACAGCAGUACUAAUUCCGCCCAGAAAGAGCUUGCAUACAAUGAAGUCGCUAAACUGGUCCCGCUAUCGAUGGCUAUUGUGGCAACAAACCUGUUAGUGGUUGUUCUUUUUUGGAAAAGGCGAUACCUACAAACCUUAUCAAAUUUUCCUUUACUUAGUCUUGCCGUAUGUGACUUUGUCACAGGAUUUGUCAACAUACCCUUGCUAAUCAUAUUCAUGCUUAUCCCAACGAUGGAAAUUGACAACCCCAGAGGGUUGAUAUCAAAUUUGAGUUACUCUAUGUUGGUUACUCAUGCUUUUACUUCCACGGCGACUGUAUACCACAUUUUACUCGUGAUAACUGACAAGUAUUUUGCCAUUAAGUGGCCUCUGAAACAUCGUUUGCUCACCAAGAAAAAGAUGUCAGCGUCGUUGGCAGUCGUCUGGCUGUUAUCUUUUGUCAUCGCCUUAAUUCCAGUUUCAUGGAUAAACGUUAGUCAAAAACCUAUUGGAAGAAAGUUAAUGGUGGGCUAUGGGAUAUGUUGCCUCGUGUUUGUUUUCCUCUUUUCAUAUCUCUUUAUGGUGUACGCGUUAGUGGUGAUGUUCAGAAUCAUAUCUGAAAAAACCAAACAGAAAGAUUCAACGCUGCUCAGACGAAAUAGUCGUAACAUGGAAGUUACAAAAAACAAACGUCGUGUAUCCAUUAUUUUUGCUGUGAUGGCCACGGUCUUCGCGGUUUGUUGGCUUCCAUGGUUCAUGCUCACGUUCCUAGUCAAUCUACGAGUGCAAAUAGAGAACCUAGAAUACUUCAUGGAAUGGUUUAUACCAUUUAGAUAUGUCACCUCUAUCAUAAACCCAUUGCUUUAUACAUUCUUUAAACUGGACUUUCGUCAGGCUUUUAAAGAGACGGUAUGGAACAAAAUUGUUUGUAAACCUUCUUUCAAUGCAAGGGCAACGAUUAUGAAAUGGCGAAGGCGUUCUUUUCGGCUGAGGGAGAACAAUGGAACAAAAAAGAACAAAAAAGCUAUAUAUGUGGUAGGACGAGGGAAUGAUACAAAUUCUGUAUCAAAUAGUUAUGUUCACUAUGUUUCGUCUGUGUGAACGACGUAUGCUGGCUAAGAGAUGUAGGCAACACUACGGCAAUUCAGUAGUAUGUCAGAACAGCGUUUAUAAUGAAAGUAAUUAGCAUUAACACUUGUUUGUGCCUAACUAUGUAUUUCACUUUUAAUUACCCUGCCAAACAUUUAUUCUAAGUUCAGUGAUGGUGUCCAGUUGCAUCCAAGUAGACCUGAGAUUUCUCCAAGUGUAAACUAUAGUUAGUAAUAAAUAUAUAGAUAUUAUAUGUUUCACGUGAGAGCGGAUUCAUGCUUGAUUCA